AUGUGUAUAUCACACCUGCUCCUUCCACCCGUCUCCUGCAUGCUGCUGCUCCUGGUCUCCACCUCGGGGGAAGGCCGGCCUCACGUGGCCCAGGAAGGCACACCUCGCGCGAACGGGGUGGACAGCCGGAGGGUCCUGCUCCUGGAGGCGGUGAAGUCGGGGAUCCUCAGCUCUUUGGGUUUGGACAGGGAACCCAGGCCGACCCGAAAGGCCUCGGAGCUGGAGCUGGCGAAGAUGUAUCAGCUCUACAGGGAAAAGCUGAGAGAGAUGAGAGGGAAUUCCAGCCAGCCGGCGGAGGAAGCUUGGACAUCCAGCGUGUCUACGGUGCUCUUUCCAGUGAAACCUCUCAAAGUGCUUUGGAGGAGGAAACACUCGCGGUCGGGUCAUCACAUGCGCUGGUACCGAGCACUUUUCCAGAAGAACCCAAACAUACGGACUGAACUGAGUCUCGCUCGAGCGGAGCUAAGGAUUUCCAGGCAGGUCGUAGACCAGCUCGCUCCAGCUCAGAGUGAGGUUAAGGUCAAAGUCAACAGGAGGAAGCCGACCGUCCGGAUUUACACGUACUCAGUGGUCCACACCAACACCUCAAGCACCGAGGACGUGGUGCUCGACGUCAGCCCCGAGGUGGAGGCCUGGAUGAAGGCCGACGGUCGGCCCCUGGUUGUGGACGUGGGGAUGGUUUUGGCGAACAGAGACGCUCUGGACAUAAACCCGACCAUCUCUCUAGAACUGGGCCUCACACAGGCCAAACCCGCCGAGAGGUCGAGGCCCCGUCGCUCCAACAAGGAGGACGAGUGCGACGAGCGAGGCUGGUGCUGCAGGAAAUCGAUCAGCGUGUCCUUCAAAGACAUCGGCUGGACUGACUGGGUGGUGGCUCCGGCCGAGUACACCAUGCACUUCUGCGACGGCGCCUGCCCCCACAACUACAAGCCAGCCAGCAUGCAUGCACAGGUCAAGUCACGGCUGCACCAGAUCAGCGGUGGAGCGACGCCGCGGCCCUGCUGCGUGCCGGCCGCCUACGAGCCCAUGGUGCUGAUGCACUAUGACAGCAGGGGGAAGCUGAAGCUGACGCCGUUCGACGACCUCAUCGUCAGCAAAUGCCACUGUGCCUGAAUUAGUUUUAUUUUUAACUUCACACUAAGUUUUGGUAAUAUUUUUGAACUAUGUUACAUGAUGACAGAAGGACAGCGUGAGUCCUUGGAUGAGUUUUUUUUUUUAUACCAAAUAAUUGGUGCUUUAGUUGAAUUAAAACUGUAAAUAUCCACUUUGACUUUAUGAUGUGUUACUCCUCCUGUUCAGACUUUCAUUCUCUGUGUUUAAACCUAUAGUUAUUUAUUUAAGUCCUAUUUAUGGCCGUAUUUGUGUUAUUUUGCUGCUGCUGCUGAUGUGUUACGGUAUAUUUUACACCUGUGUGUUAUUUAAUUGUGUUGGACUGUCCUGAUUGGUUCGUGACAUAUUUUGUUUGCUGUCUGACACAUUUCAAUUGUAUGAACACUAAAAUAAAUGUCUGAUUUAUUCCUACUGUACUGUUGUACUUGAAUAUAUAAUAAAAAUUUACUUUUCUUAAAAAAAA